CUUCCCCAAUUACUAUCCUUUUUCUUAACCCAGAUUCCCACUCAAUUCCCACUCAAUUCUCCUCUUUAUUCCUUGUAAUUGCAUCCGAAUUCAAACAUAUCCUAUCAAUCGUUCCAUAUGCUGUCGCCAUCAUUCUAUUACACUCAUUACACUCUCUAUCGUAUUCCUUGAACAUCCGGAAGGUCCCAUUCAACUAAAGCAUAUCGUACAUACAAGGGGAAACAGAAAGGAAAAAACUCAAAAUCUCCACCGAGAAAGAACGAGAACACACGACAGGACAAUCUACAAUCUCUAGUUCUUUCUUUCUGCAUGGUGUGGUGUUCAAGACAGCUUUGUACCCCGACCCACCCUACCCUACCCUACGCUACCCUAAGAAUCAUGCAAACAACCGCCUUGAACGACGAACGGAGAAGCCUGUAAUAAGACGGCAUCACUCGAAACAGCUUGCAUCACCUCCACCUUGACCUCCACCUUGACCUCCACAUUGGCCUCCGCCUUCUUCUUCACCUUCUCUUUGUUAUUCCAUUAUUAUGUCUCAAUCCCUCUUAUGCUUGUAGACCAUCACUCUCUUAAGGUCUUUUGAGCAAUGCGACUGCUAUUUCCUCAUUGAAAACUAACUAAUCAUUACAAAUCAUAAAUCAUGGAGAGUACACCAGUUAUGACAUCCUCUGCGUCGAGGCUUGCCCCUCCAUUGCUACACCCAAGAUCUUCAUCAAGAACAAGAUCACCAACCAGAUCCUCAAGUCGAUCGCACCGGCUUUCAGACGACCUCCUUUCCGACCUCACUCCUGCCACAACCCUGCAAGCUCUUACUUUUCCAACAGGUAAAUUGAAAGCGAGUAUUGAAGCUGCCUCCCCUGCAGAUCGAGCAUUCGCCAUACGCGCAACUCUAGCUUCGAAGAAAGUUCAAGAAUGGUUGGAAGAAUUAUCAAAUUGGCCAUGGCCGAAUACUGGCGGAUCAGCAGGCUUUGGAGCACCAGCUUCGUCGAAGAGAAUAAAAUUGACACCACCUCAAUCGAACGAUCAAUCUGAGCAACAGCAUGAAGAAGGUCCAGAGCCGCAGUAUUGUGGGAGCCUUUCGUUCGAGCAGGUUGCAAGAUAUGAGUACCGGCUCGAAGAAAUUGGGGAAGGAAUGGAUGAUUUGAAAGUGGAGGAAAUAAAACGACAGGUCCUGGAUACACACUUUUCUGGGAAUUCUCGACUUUCAUCCUCCCCCUCAAUUGAUAUGCCAUCCUUCCUUGCUUCUUACACGGUCAUGGAUGAUUUCACAGCUAUAGUUACGGCCACGGUACUGCAGGCACUACCGAAUUUGGCAAAAUUAACACGUCUAAUGGAUAUAUGGGGUAUUCGUCUUUCUGUACUUCGAAGGGUACCAUCUUUAUUACUCGGGUUGGAUGAUGCGGAGAUGGCGUUAAAUUCCGGAUGGCAGGCUAUAAAAAUACCAGGCACGACCACUACUGACGGUCAAACGGGGAACACAGUUCUAUCACGACAAACUUUCGAAGUCAUGAAAAAUGUUUUACAAGCCAAGGUUACGAUUCUUGGGAGAGAUUUGGAUUAUAUGCUCGAUAUCUUGGAGGGCAGGAUGGAUACUCUGCCAGAUAGCUGGUUGGACCGGAUGGAAAGCCUUGAACGGGACUAUGGUGAAUGGGUUGUUUCAGCCGAUCGUAAAAUUACAGACGGUGAGUUAGCCGCAAUUGCGCCUUCGCGAAUGGCCAAAAAAGACAUGUCCCAGGGAGAAGAUGCUGAGGCCCCUGUUGGGGCUGAUGGCAAAAAUGCGAACAAAAAUGGAGAGGUCCAAACCCCAAAAGCCGAAACGGCAGCACGUGAAGGAUCUCGUGUCGCAUCAACACCAGCGAUCAAAGGUGGUGCCACAGAAGCAAAUACAAUUCAUUCCGAGCAGGAGGCCGCUGGGAUUUCGACUAAAAUAAUAUCACCAUCGCUGGACACCCAGCCAAUCAUUCAAUCAAUUUCUCGUGAACCUACGUAUACUCCUCUCACUCGCUCGACCAGCGUCAGAAGUGUUAGCAGAAUACCCAAAUUUGGCCACACUUUUGCAAACGCUUUAAGACGUACCAUGUCGAAUGAAGAAUCACCAAAAAUGCAAAGCCUUGAUUCUCUCGCUACGUCUCCCAGAACCUCGUUACGGCCAUCAUCAAUGAUUCUCAAUAAGUUCCCGAGUCCACCCCUAAUGUCACCAGAAAGAUCUGAACUACCAAGACUUCGUAGUUCGAGCUCGCCACUUAUUGGACAAGAGCGACUGUCCAUGGACCAUUCUUUGAAAGAUGGAUCUGUAUUGGGUGCACCUCCUUCCAGUAUUGCGUUAGCACAACAGCUCGGUAUUUCCGCAUCGCAUGAAAAUCUGGAUUCCGGUAAUUUAAAGGCACCAGCGCAUUUACCUAACAUACUUUUUCACCUAUCUACCAAUUCCCACACCUCUACAAUAGCUAGCAGUGACGGAGCCUCUGAAAGUGUACAGAGUAUUAAUCCCGAAGGCAUGGAAUUUGAUCUUUUAGAUGCCCAAAUCGAAGCACGCAGGCCUUCCAUAAUCGUCGAUAGUAUUCACAACAAUGACACUCGCGAUAGUGAUGUUUCGGAUGAUUCGCUCUCGGACCGUUGCAAAUCUAAAACGACACCACAAGUCGCCUCCAGUCUUGCCGACCCAGAUUCUGAUGACGCAUCUACAGUAACAUUUGAAGAUUCACCUUUGCCACCUGGGAAAUGGUCACAUGAUUUACAACAAUAUGAUAAAACACCGCCUGGUUCACCACCAGGAGCUCCAAGAAGAUCUGUUCGUCGCCCUCCUCAACUCCUCGAAAGUCCCGAUUUCUCACAUUUGAUAUCCACUCCUGAAGACUCCUUUCUUCAAAGCAUUCCUGCAUCGCCUGUCAACGGCAGUAGCGAUGAUCAGAUGCAACAACAAAUUAGUUCCUUACUUCAAUCGAUUCCAGCUCAUAUUCGUCUUCGCUCUGAGCCAGAAGAAAAGUCAAAUCCUAAAGGAAUUCGUCCUCCAAAAACUCGCCGUUCAGUUACUCCCUCGAUGCCCGCCGUUCGUUCACAAUCGUCAAUUGGAAGUUUACGUACUCCUACGCCUUCGUUUACUCUUGCCCCUGCGUAUGCGAAAACUAGCACUCCACGUCAAAGAGCUCAAAACGGUCAUCCAGAAAUCAAGGUUUAUCAUUUAUCUUGCUCUAGUGGUGAGAAACCGAUUAAGUUAUUUGUUCGCCUGGUAGGGGAGAAUGGUGAAAGGGUUAUGGUACGUGUCGGAGGUGGUUGGGCAGAUCUUGGGGAAUAUCUUAAAGAAUACGCAAGUCAUCAUGGACGUCGAGCACCAGUUGAUACCGAUAAAGUCGAGGUUCAAGAUUUACCAUCACGUAUCUCAUCUGGAGGCUCUACUAUUCGUGAUAAUGGGCGGAAUACACCUGGAUCUGGUCGUACUACACCAGGGCCUCGUUCGGCAUCUGCAAUGGGCGUCCGUCCAUCAACUGCUGUUGAUCGACCUAAAUCAUCUCUCGGCAUUCGAAAAACGAGGAAAUCCACAUUUUCUACUUCUGAUGGGGUUCCUCCACUUCCAGCUACACCUUUUGCUGAAAUUCAACGUGGACGUGAGGGUAAUAAUACACCUCCAUCAGCUGCAUCAAGAAGUUCCUCAAGACUUGAUUGGAAUGAAGAAGAUGCUUCAUUAGGUCUUGCGGGACCGAGAGGUAAACAAAAGGAAUUGGAUCAGAAGGAUUUAGAAUGGGUAGAAGGUAUGAAGGAGAAAGUUAUGAUGGCAAGUGCGGAAAAGGAGAAAGAGAAACGUAAGGGAGGUCACAGACAGAGUUUAGGAGAGAUGGAUAAAGUUGGAGCUACUAAGAGAUUGUUUAGACAAACUUCAAGGUUAGAGCUUUGAGUAAGGAAGUUUGACUAUUCUUUGCAUUGCAUUCAAAUAUUUUAUUUCAUUAUUGCAUAGCGUUGCUUCUUAGGGAAAGGCUUUAUUUUCAUUUCAUUUGUAUGGAGUGAGGGAUACAGCGGCAAUUGAGUGAUAGGAUGGAUGGAACGGAAUGGGUGGGAAUAGGAUGAUGAGGGUCUAGCUGGUUAGCAUGUUCAUGACAUGACAUGACAUGACAGUAUGGCAUGACAUACAUGAAUGAGCGAUAGCGGACACAUUGGACUAUUUCUUUACUUUGCGUAUAUUCUUCUUCGGGGCCAGAUGGCGAACAUAGGAUUGAUGGGAUAAGAUGGGAUUAUUAUACAGGGCAUGCAUUUUCUGGGAAGGAACUCAGAUAAUGAGGACAGCGAAGGGAAGGAAAGGAAAGGAUACGGCAUUUUACUUGGUGGAUAAAUGGAUGGAUGGAUGCAUUGAUGGAUAGAACAAAUAGAGGCCUUGAUUGAGGAACUUUUGUGUGUAACUUUAAGAAGUGGGUGAUGGUAGAGGAUGGAUGGUAGGAGAUGGAUGCAUGAAUGGAUUGAUGGAUGGAUGCGCACUUAGAUAUACAAUACAAUACCCCUUUUUGUUCUUUUCUUAUAAAUAAUUAACUCCAUAUAUUUCUUAUAUACUUUCUUAUUUUUUUUUAUCUCUCUUUCUCUCCUUCUCUCUACCUUUAUAUUUCUCUCACUCUCUCUAUAUAAAAUAAAUUAAUUUAGUAUUUAAUAUAUUCUAUAACCUCCAGCAGCCGGCCCCUCAAAGCAAAGAGCCAUUCUACACAAAUACAUUGACUUAUUUCUUAAGCGUAUGAAAGAUUUUGGUAGCGGCGCUCUAGGAGUUAGCUUGCGCACAUGGCUUAGCUGGC